AUGCAGUCUGACUAUUACUUAAUAGCACGUUUUUAGAAAUAAUACAAACGCAUGAUAUAUCUGUUAAAAGAUUAAGAAAGAAAAAAGAGAUACAUUUAAUGCAGAACAGGUUUGGCCGGCAAAAGGCCAAAAGAAUAUUCCUAUAUUGACAGUUGUAAAAUUGGAUAAUUGGUUCCCACUUACACUAGGAAUGCUGUCCGAAUUAUAAAAAAAGACAAACAUAAAAUAAAAACUUUGAAAACACCUACUUGCGUGAAACAAGGCAAAGUAAAAUAAAAGGUUGAGUUAAUUGUUCAAUAAAAACGAGUACCUUAAAACAGAGGUUGUAUAUAUACAUUCUUUCAAGCCUGUUUGUAUUUGGAGCAAUUGGGCAAUGGCUUCAUUCUCAACCGAAGAUUUUGUGGGAAACGGUCGUCUUAAAGAAUUAUUACCGAAGCUGUUAGAUCAAGGGUGGGACGACGUACCAACUUUGAAGGUAAUGAACUCCGACGACAUGGAUGAAAUCGGCAUGACUCGUCCCCAGAAGGAUGCACUUGAAAUUAGAUCAUACCUGCACGACCGAGCCCUGAUGCAGUACGGCGAUCAGCUAGAGGCCUCAGGCAAAAGUUUAGCCGAGCUUCUCAGCCUAAGCAACACAGACCUCUCUUCACUGUACCCAAUGAAAAGAGGCCACAUAGCCCGUUUCAUGGACAGAAAGCAACACAACCCACCUUCAAGAAACAACAGCAUAUACACUAAGAGCCAAAAUAACUCCCAAAAACUCGAAAACACGACAAGAAACUCACGAAAAAGUAGCUUCGGUUCUGAUAUUACCAUAGAACAAUCUUUGGCGAGUUUCAAGAUUAAAGACGGGCAUAUCUUCAAGGGCGUCGUGGCUUCCGUGCCAGCGGAGCCUAGAGCGUGCGGCUGCGUACAACCGCCACCUGUUGUCGAGAAUGUAGCUCCUUAUUCCACUAUCGAGAAUAUCUCUGUCCAGAAAUUAGUUCCCGAAUAUAAGAUUGGAAUCGAGAGGCUGAUCAAGACUAAGUCACCUCCAAUGAAAGUUUCGGAGUUGUGGCGGGACAAACCAGCUAUAUUCGUCUGCAUUCGAAGGCCUGGGUGCAUUAUGUGCAGAGCUGAAGCUCAUCAGCUCUACUCCAAGAAACCGGUAUUCGAUGCUCUUGGAGUUCAACUAUUUGCAGUUCUUCACGAGCAUAUAGAAUCGGAGGUAAACAAUUUUUGGCCGAAAUAUUGGGGUGGUGUUGUGCUAUAUGACGAAGGCCAGGGGUUUUUCAAGGCACUCGGUGGAGGGAAGCUGCUCAAGGAAAACUUCGUUUCCGGUUUCCUGUUCAACCCUCGAGCAAUAGCAAACUAUAAACGAGCGAAGGCUACUGGAUUGGAAAUGAAUUUUAAGGGUGAAGGUGAGACGAAAGGCGGACUGUUUGUAGUUGGCAGAGGCAAAAGUGGGAUUGCUUAUCAGUUCAUCGAGAGAAACUUCGGCGACUGGGCCCCACCUUCUGAAGUCAUAGAAAUCUGUACUCGAAUUCAGGUACACAUUCAACCAGAGUCCGUAAAAUCGUUAAAAGAAGACGAAGAAGAAGAAGAAUGAAGGUAAUGGAGUAUUAGUCGGCUUCAGCUUCGGCACCUGUCGUUAAUAGAAACUAUCAAUUUGAGUGAACUCUUUAAGGUUUAAUACCGAUUUGUGUAAUUUGCUUGUAGUGUGAUUUUUCUUCAAAUAAAUGGAACCGUGCGGCAUCUCUAAACGGAAUUUCUCG